CGGAGAGGCUCUCCAGGGCCCGCGGUUCUCCUCGGGGACGGGAAGGGCCGCGUUUCCUGAGGGGAGCAGCCCGCGGCCUGGGCUCCGGGGAGGGGCGGGAAGGUGCCGGGCCCCUGCUGCCCCCUCAGCUGUGAGGUUGUGAACAAUUAUAAACGUGAAGGUGGCAGUUGUGGAGAAAAACAAUUCUCAGGCCAGACUUAUGAGAGCUGCCAUAUAAACUUCAUUCACACUCUUCACCUUGAGCUUUCACUUCAGGACAUCAGCAUGUGGAACAAGUCGGUAUGUGUGGCCUUGUUGGCUCUGGCUACAGGCUAUGUCUUCCUACUGGACUCUGACCUGCCAGAUUCAGUGCUGAAGUAUCUCUCAAGCUCCUUCCUGUAUCAGCUGCAGGGGGAUCUUAAGUCCCCAGAGAGCAGCAUGGCAGCUGCCUGGGAUGUGCUUAUCACCCAGCCGGCCAAACAGUGGAACAGAGUUGCUGUUGGGGUCAAUGCCUGUGUAGAUGUUGUCCUUUCUGGUGUGAAGUUGCUGCAAGCCCUUGGUCUAGAUUCUGGUGUUGGGCAAGACCACUCAAUCUUACAUUCCACAAAAGAUUUGAAGGAAGCCUUCAUCCACUUCAUGGGGAAGGGAGCUGCUGCAGAACGCUUCUUCAGUGAUGCAGAGUCCUUCCACCACAUCGCAGAGACUGCUUCAGCAUAUCCUGGGGCACAGUUGUAUGUGGGAGGCAAUGCUGCUCUCAUUGGCCAGAAAAUUUCAGCAAAUCCAGACCUAAAGGUUCUGCUGUGUGGCCCAAUUGGUCCUAAGCUUCAUGAGCUGCUUGAUGAAAAUGUAAUCGUCCCUCCAGAAUCAAUGCAAGAAUUUGAUGAAUUUCACCUCAUUUUGGAGUAUCAAGCAGGUGAAGAGUGGGGGCAGCUGAGAGCCCCGAAUGCCAACCGCUUUAUCUUCUCUCAUGACCUAUCUAAUGGGGCCAUGAACAUGUUGGAGGUAUUUGUGUCCAGUCUGGAGGAGUUCCAGCCGGACUUGGUGGUUCUUUCUGGUCUGCAUAUGAUGGAGGGACAGACAAAGGAGAUGCGUCAGAAGAGACUCCUAGAGGCUGUAGCUUCCAUCUCUGACAUUCCCAUGGGUGUACCUAUACACCUGGAACUGGCCAGUAUGACUGACCCAGAACUUAUGAGCGCAAUCAUUCAUCAGCAGGUCUUCCCUCUUGUGAACUCAGUUGGUUUGAAUGAACAGGAGCUACUGUUCCUCACUCAAGCAGCCUCUGGACCACAUGCCUCACUGGCCUCCUGGAAUGGUGUCCCAGAUGUGGGUGUUGUCAGUGACAUUGUCUUCUGGAUCUUGAAGGAACAUGGAAGGACUCCUGGGAAGGCAUCAGAUCUUACUCGUAUCCACUUUCACACUUUGGCCUAUCACCUCCUAGUUACUGUGGAUGGAUAUUGGGCCAACCAGGUGGCAGCUGUUGCUGCUGGUGCAAGAGUAGCAGGGACACAAGCUUGUGCCACCCAAACAAUUGAUGCCAGCAGAGUUUUCCUUAAAGCGCCACUGGAGUUUGCUACUUCUAAGAUGGAGGAGGCCCCUACAGUCUCCUUAAAUCCCCAUGAGCCUGUGUCAAAAUGGCACAGGGAUGGGGUAACAUUCCAUUACACUCCUGUUCUGGUGUGCAAAGAUCCUCUGCGGACCGUUGGCCUUGGUGAUGCCAUUUCUGCUGAAGGACUUCUUUAUUCAGAAAUCUACCCUCAUUAACCUAUGGAAUUAAGAUACACUCCACAAAAAAAUUGAACCAUGCAGGCAUGGACUGGAAGUUAACAUUUAGUAGAAAGCCAAAGAAUAAAAGUUAGGCACAGCUCAGCUGCUGCGUGUUGCUACAGGGAUGUCUACAAUUAAAUAGUGAGGUAUGACUUGUUAAAUAUAUGGCCUGCCUUUUGCCCAGAAUGACAACUUAAACCAAAACAACUUCUGCUUUAAGUAAGUCAGUCUUAUUUGCAGUAACUUAAAAAGCUGGGAAUUGAAAGAAGUUUGAUGUGACUUGAUAUCACAGGAAGGCUACUUUGGUCUUUUACACCGUCAUAUUUCUGGGAAGGCAAAGGUAAAAGAUAAUUGUGUUACCUCUUCAUCACAUUCUGAACAUGGCAAGAGCCAUUGUUUUGUUUUGUAGUGGUGGAAUGAAAAAGUAUAGCACUUGGGCUGCAGCAUGCCAAAGGAACACUGUCCCAAGUGAAUAGUACAAAAGCUUGUUCUGUAAGCUCUACAAAUGGGAGAUAGGCAAGAUGAAAGCAUCAUAAAUUAUUCUGUGGCAAGGAAAAGGUGCUGACCUUUUUUUUGACCUUAUGAAGUGGACAUCAAAAUGUUGGGAGUAUGGCAUUUUGUCACAUGUGCUUCCUCAGCUAGUGUAUGCUAAUUUUGAUCCUCUGUUUUGUUUUAUUGCUGGCAGAUUAAUCUACUUUUAAGACAGUUGCAUUCCAAAUGCUCAUGCACACAAUUAUUUUACCUCUCAACAGCCUCUUAAGCAGUGACUUAGAGAUCAUUACUAUGAGUGAGAGUUUACAGUACAAUUGCUGGUCUGCUUAGCAAGUGACAGUUAGUCUGGGUCAAAUUCCAAAGAAAUGUAAUGUACAAAACCUGAAAUGACUCCUAAUAAAUGGCAUAAACAUAA